UUUUUAAGAAAACCCAGAGGCUGAAGAAAAAGGGAAGGAAAGAUGCAUUUUUGAAAUUCACAUGAUGAGCAGACAGCGUCCAUAGACAGACCAUGAAUCUGCCAGUCUCGAAUAAAACAUAAAGCCAAACAGCACGAGGAGCAACAAAGUUAAGUUGUUCUGUACACUGACAAUGGGCAGAAGACAUCUGAUGUUGUGGAUCUUUACUCUGUGUGUUUCACUCGAUCCCACAGUCGGUCACAUUCCUGAGCUAGAUGGAAAAAAGGUGUAUGAGAUCGUUCGACCAAUCAGAUUACAUGAUCUACAAAAAAGAGACUUAAAGUCGAGACCAGACACGGUGAAAUAUGCCAUGACACUGGGUGGUAGAGACAUUGAAAUGCACCUCCAGAAAAAUGAUGGCCUAUUGACGAAAGGCUAUAGCGAAACUUAUUACACUGAAGAUGGGACGCUUGUCACCACCACACCAGAAGAUCUGGAUUUAUGCUAUUAUCAUGGGAAAAUAGUCAAUGAGAGUAAGUCAUCGGUUAGCAUGAGCACCUGCGAUGGAUUACGAGGCUAUUUUAAAACAGAGGAGCAGAGGUUUCUGAUCGAGCCGUUGUCUGACGAUGGUGAGGGCGACCAUGCUGUCUUUAAGUACGAAGACGUUAACGAAGAGGCGCCUAGAGUGUGUGGAGUCACCAACACUACUUGGGACGAGAGCGAGGAAGGCGCUCCUCCACGCAUUCUCAAAAGUCGUUCUCGUUCCUCGGGGCCAACUUUCUUCCAACAACAAAAAUACAUUGAGUUCUUCCUUGUGGCAGACAACAGCGAAUACAAGAAAAUGGACAGCGAUCUUCAGAAGCUGAGAAAGAGGAUAUUUGAGAUCAUUAAUUACAUCAAUAAUGUAUAUAAAGAAAUCAACACAUUUGUUGCCCUGACUGGAUUUGAAGCCUGGACAGAUAGCGAUAAGAUAACAGUUUCUCCUGCAGCUGGAGCUACUUUGGACGGUUUUACCCAGUGGAGGAACAACGAUCUCGUCAAUAGACAGCAGCACGACAACGCCCAUCUCCUCAGUGCAGUCGACCUUGAUGGAGCAACGGUGGGUCUAGCUUACAUUGGAACUCUGUGUGGAGGUCUUUCAACAGGGAUUGUGCAGGACCACAACCCUAAGGCUAUAGCAGUGGGGGCUACUAUGGCCCACGAGAUGGGGCACAAUCUGGGCAUGAGUCACGACAGCAGCAGCUGCGUUUGUUCUGAUGGCACUUGCAUUAUGACAGCCGCUCUCAGCUAUUUCAUCCCUCAACACUUCAGCAGCUGCAGCACAACUAACUAUGUAGACUACCUGAACAGCAAAAACCCAGAAUGCCUUUUGAAUAUGCCCAAACCAAAAGAUCUGAUUCAGCCACCCGUAUGUGGAAAUGGAUUUGUGGAGAUAGGAGAACAAUGCGACUGUGGAACAGUGGAGGAAUGUACAAACCCAUGCUGCAAUGCCACCACCUGCAAAAUGACAGAAGGCUCGCAAUGUGCAACAGGGGAAUGUUGUGAGAAUUGCAAGAUCAUGUCAGCCGCGCAUGUGUGUCGUCCGAAAAAUGAUGAGUGUGAUUUGCCCGAGUCAUGCACCGGAAAAUCAGCCGAGUGUCCCGAAGACGUCUUUACAGUCAAUGGACUCCCUUGCAAGAACGGGAAAGGGUAUUGCUACAACGGUCAGUGUCCACAGAGAGAGGAGCAGUGCAUUAAAAUGUGGGGUCCAACUGCUGUGGUGGCUCGAGACUAUUGCUACAACCAGAACACAAGAGCGGAAUACUACGCCUACUGUAAACGCAAUGGAGAUAGCUAUAUUGGAUGCCAAAAACAAGAUGUGAUGUGUGGAAAACUGUUCUGCGAAAACGGCAAUGCAAGUCCCAAUUAUGGAAGGCUAGUAACAUUUAAUAAUUGUAAAGCCACAUUCUACGGCGAUCCUGCCAAAGAUUACGGUCAAGUCGACUCUGGCACCAAAUGCGGGGAAGGACUGGUUUGUAACCAGAAUGAGUGCGUUGACCUAGAAACGGCUUACAAAGCAACAAAUUGCUCCGCCAAAUGCAGAGGCCAUGGGGUUUGUGACCACAGAAAGGAGUGUAGAUGUGAAACUGGAUGGCUGCCUCCAAAUUGUGAAACACCAGCAGGAAGCGAAGGUUCUUCUAAAGGUGUGACAAUAGCCAUUGCUGUGGUUGUCUGCGUCCUGAUUGGGACACUUCUAAUCGGACUAGCGGUCUUCUUUUACAAGCGCAGAAGGAGCAUGCCAAACUCACUUAGCCAUCCAAGGCAGCAGAAAGUUCACGUAGUCGACAUCCCCGAAUCAUCCCUGAACCAGAAGCCAUCUCCGGUAAUAAGGCCUUCAGCACCUCCUGCACCCUCUUCAGUUCAAUCCAGAGCUCUACAUAACGACUACCUAAAUGCACGUCAGGCACUUAGACCACCUCCUCCAAGGGUGUGACAUAACACCUCUCAAACCUCAAGAAGCGAGUCACUCAAGACCCGGCAGACUGGAUAUAAAUGCUACGAGUCUGUGGCUUAGUAAAGUCUUCAAGAGAAGAAAAUAAGCCACAUGCUCAGCAUACAUUUGAGACCAACACACCUAAAUGAAUUUUACAGUGUAAAAAUUGUCCUUGAGUGACAGGUUUUGUUUUUAACUGAAAAUAAGAUUUUUUUUUAAUGUCCCUUUAAUUUAUUUGUACAGUCUGUUCCUGUAUAAUUGAGCCUGCCCUCUAUAUAGUAAAGAUUUUGAGUCAGCAAAACUACCGACUCGUUUUCACAGAAAGCUCAGGUUAGAAAGCAGAUUUUCUAAAGUUUAUCAAAUUUCACUCCCCCCCCCUGUAAAGUCACUACCUCUGCUAGAUGUGAUUCUAUCCUAGAUUUUCAUUGCAAUGUAAACAACUUUUAAAUGCUUUAAAAAUAACAUUGUGGUUAAUUUAGUAUUUAUGAAAAUGUAUUUUACACGUUGUAAAAUGCAAUGUGAAUGUAUGACUGAAAUAUAUAUUUGCAUGCUGAAACACAUAA